CCAGACGUCAUUCGUGCAUGCAGCCUUCAUAACCCACAUCAGUAAUCGCCCGACUCGGCCAACGACAUUUCUUCUAUUACGCUCCCAUAACCGUCAUUUCACAUCGGAAAACAAAUAAACAGCUCGAUAAUCUCACACUCCCCAUCAUCCGCAAUCUGCCUGUCGCAUUAUUCGCCACAACCGUGCCGCUCGCGUUGCGCCCACUAGCCGCCGGGGAAUUCGAGAGCUCGACAACUCAUACGCAGGACAAAACCUCAUCGUAUCGAUAUUCAACCACAGGGUAGCUCGCAAUUCUCUGCAUUGUCGCUCCCUUUGAGGGGCGGCGUGGUCCAAGAUGGCGAUAGAUGAGAACGACAUGUAUCCGACCGAUGCCCUCGUUUCGAAGCAUGCGCGGAAACACUAUCGUAUCCCCGUGCGCUCGCAACAUUGGCAGUUACGGUCUCUCGUUAGCGCCGAGAAGCAGGACAUCGUCUAUUUUCCAGGUGGCAAUGGCAGUAACCAUGUCCAACGACUGAACACGACAACCCGAGAAUGCGAAACUAUCAAACUUCUCACAUUUGCGCCUCGGUGCCUCGUCGCCGAGAAAGGAUGGCUAUGUUGUGGGAGUGAGAGUGGCGAUUUCGUGGCAAUUCGACUCGAUGAAGGAAACGAUGAUGGCCAUGGAAUUCUAUCAGAACUCGAUCCAGACACUCGACUUAGCCUAGGACUCGACUCGUCCCGUGAUGACCCUAUACUCUCUCUUCUGAGCCGCGCGAGACGGAAUAACAAAACCCUGAUCGCGAAAAGUAUGAAGUUAGCCAAAGACCGGGUAAACUGCAUUACACUUUGGUUCCCGCCAACAAGCAUGCCAGCACACGAUAGGGCGUAUAAAGAACCAGUGGCGGUAUUGGCUAACAACGACCGCACUGUUACACUAGUGAGCCUUAACGAUUUUGACCAGAAAGAGAAGACAGAGGCAUUGGAUAUCAUCACUUACCCAGACUUCGUGAACCGCGCACUCAUCUCUCCAGACGGCCGACUUCUGAUCGCCAUUCUCGACGACCCAUAUCUGUAUAUCCAUGAGAGAGUCAGCAGCGUUGCAGAAUCUCCAGCGACGAGGUCAAGUGAAAGUCCUAUAUACCAAUGGGAACAGACACAGAGAAUACUUCUCAAGAGCCAAAAGAAAGACGACAGAACAGACAGCCGAGGAAGUUUUGCCGCCUGUUUCUCUGAAUCCGGAGCAUAUCUCGCUGUUGGGACCCAACAUGGCACCAUCUCUAUCUUCAACGCCGCACUUCUCGCAAAUCCUAAUGCCGACCCCCUUAUUACAACUUUCCCGUCUUCACGGCCACACAGUGGCCCUGGUGCUAUUCGAGAUAUGGCCUUCUGCCCCGGACCAUUCGGGAUGCUUGCGUGGACAGAGGACAGAGGCAAUGUUGGUAUUGCUGAUAUGAGGAGCAAUUUUUAUGUUCGUCAAAUUGUAAACAUCGAAGAACCAGUUUUCGAGCACAUCAACAUCCCGGACCGAAACACCAUCGAUCCGCGACUUUUGGAUAGCCGCCGCGAGAGAAGAGAUGCUGCCCUCGGAUCAGGCGCUACAGAGACUGGCAGACGCCGAGACGUGAUCGAUACCCUUAAUACUCCUCUGACUGCCAACGAGACACUUGUACUUGAGGCUAUGCAGCUUGGUAGGCGUAGUCGUGAAAGAGCUGCUCAAAGAGUGGCGGCGGCGGCGGCGGCGGACGAGAGGCCUACAGGUGGUCCGACUAACUUCUGGGCGGCCAGGUCAACCCGUCGAACUAUUGGCAACGAUGACAAUGAGCGGCCUAUGGCUCGGAGGAGUAGUAGUAUCGGUCGUGCCAUGGGAGAGCUGCUGGGCAGCAAUUACGGCAGACGUCCAGUGACAAGAACUCCACGUGAAGCCUCCGACACCCCGGAAAUUGGAAGAAGGCCGGAUCGGUUGAUGGAGAGUCUCGGUGAAACAGUGGCCAUGCUUAGGGAACAACGGCAGCGCCAAGAUUCGUCCUAUCUCACCGUGCUUGAGAUUCUUCAGGCACGAGAGCGAGAUAACGACCGCGACCCCGACGAUACAACGAUCAUAGUGCCGCUUAUCAAUCAGGUGGUGAAUCGAUGGGAGGAUGACCAUGGCGUCUUCGAAGUCCCGCCUUCGCCAGACAAUACUGCUGGGUUGGCGUGGAGCGAAGAUGGUCGUACACUCUUUGUUGGUGCACAGAAUGGUAUAUACGAGCUCCACGUGGACACCCAGAGCAGGAAGUUCUUCCCGAGCGUUUCGAUGAGGUAAAAGGCCAGAAAUCAAUGAGUGGAUGCGAACCUUUGUGCUGGCACAGGUGGUUUCUAAUAGCAGCUUCGGGGUGAUAUCUUGAUUUACCAAAAGUGAUGACCAGUAACGACGGUUCCUUAUUAGCAUGGGCACAGGAUACCUUGAGUACAUUCCUACCUCUUCUUGACAUGGCGUUUGCGAUGUUUAAUCUCAGUCACAUUACAUUACCUUUCGCUUCUUACAUGCUCAUAUAUAG